GACGUGACUAUCGUGGAUCCUCUGGGGAGCCUCAACAACAUCAUGAAGCUGAGGAGGCAGAGAAGGGUCCCUCCAGAUCAGAUUAUCUCAAGAAACACCAGCGGAAACCCACAGGGAAGAAAUGACACUGCUGCUCUGACUGUGGGAAGAUAUUCAACUCUUCAACAGCCCUUAAAAGACAUAUGAGAAUCCAUACAGGAGAGAAACCGUAUAGCUGUAAUCAAUGUGGGAAGAGUUUUACUUACGCAAGCUGCCUGAAGGUACAUUUGAGAACACACACAGGAGAGAAACCGUAUAGCUGUGAUCAAUGUGGGAAGAAUUUUACUUCAUCUACCAGUCUGACUAUCCACCAGAGAACACACACAGGAGAGAAACCUUAUAGCUGUGAUCAAUGUGGGAAGAGUUUUAGUCGAUCAAGCACCCUGAUGGCACAUUUGAGAACGCACACUAGAGAGAAACCUUAUAGCUGUGAUCAAUGUGGGAAGAGUUUUACUAAAUCAAGCACCCUGAUGGCACAUUUGAGAACGCACACUAGAGAGAAACCUUAUAGCUGUGAUCAAUGUGGGAAGAGUUUUAGUCGAUCAAGCAACCUGAUGGCACAUUUGAGAACACACACUAGAGAGAAACCUUAUAGCUGUGAUCAAUGUGGGAAGAGUUUUAGUGAUUCAAGCAACCUGAAGGUACAUUUGAGAACACACACUGGAGAGAAACCUUUUAGCUGUGAUCAAUGUGGCAAGAGAUACGCUGGUAAAAGAACUCUGAUUAACCAUCAGAAAGUACAUACAUGAAGGAGUUGUUUCAUGAUAUCAAUUAAAUAAUGUCACAAUGUUUUAACAUUGUUGUAUAAGU